AUGGCUGAUCCCAAUUCAUCUGCGCAUGGCCCUCUUCAAUCUCAAGACGAGAUAUCGGCACAGAGCGACCUGGAAGAUGACAUUUCCAUCACUUCCACCAUCUUCGAGGAGCCGGGUGAAGAUGACACCGAAUAUGUAGUUGAGGACAUCAUGGCUGAGCGGCUCAUCGACGGCGAGAUGAAAUACCUCGUCUAUUGGUCUGGCUUCCCUAAGCAUGAGUGGACAUGGGAGCCAGAUAGCAAUCUGGGGCCAGAAUUACGCAGCAUCUGGGAAGAGGACAAGAAGAAGCAUGCCACGGGAGAGAAGCCAAAAUUCGAUGUGAAAGAGUACGAAGAUGCGAUAGCGGCAGCGCACAAUGCAGCCGAGGAUGCUCGAGAGGCUCGUCACGACAGGAGGAACGAGAAGCGGAAACGGCUCGGUCUCCCCAGCACGUCUUUUGUGAGAGAUCCCCUGCCGUCCAUGGAUUCGGCUAUGGUCAAUCAACACUCGAGUUCCAGUGAUGAGGCCAUCGAACACGAUACAGUGGACGACUCCCACGCCGAGGCCUCGACUUUGAACAAGCCCCGACAGAAGACCUUCAAGGGAAUUCCUGAGCCUCAUUCAAACAAGUCCACUUCAGAGAAGCCAAGAGCUUUCAUUUCCAGAUCACCAAAUGAAACAGGAACAUCACAGCGUCAGACGGCACACCAACCCGCCGCGCCUACUAUUGGGCGAGUGCAUCCCCAGAAGGCCUCUCCGGCCGCUUCUACUGCUGGGCAUCAAGGGACUGCAGCAAAGCCGGUACAAAGUCAAUUUGCGAGGAGAUUCGCAGGAGGCAAUAUUGUCAAGCACUCAAGCCAACAUCCAAAGCCCAAACCGGCAGAGAGCUCACCCAUGCCUUCCUCUCGCCCAAACACCGGAAAGAACUUCACAGCCCGCAAAUCGGUCACCAUACUGGGCAAUGCUUUCGUGGAUGGGAAAAGGGUGGCGCGACGAAAGAAACUGGAUGAAAAUAUGCUUGAUCCAGCCAAGGAACCAAAAAUGUUUCCGAACUUCCGACGUGUGCGCCAAGCAGAACUCAGAGAACGCAAUUUGAACGACCGCGCUCCUGACAUAUCACAGAUUCAAGACAAGGUCUUCGAGAUAUCCAAGGGCCCGGAGCCGCGCAAAACCCAGGCAGCCAUUGCAACAUCUGCAACCUGCAAGCAGGUCAACACAGAUAGUGUGCACCACAAUGGGGACAAGCAAACCCAGAAGAAGACACGCAAAUCUGUCUCGUUUGCAGUUGUCGAGGAAGACGUUGACAAAACGGCAAUCGACAAUUCUGCCAACCGUUCUACCACAAGCGACACCGCGAGUGCUGAGGCAGAGAGCCCCUUGCAUUCAUUUGUCUCCCGGAAGGCGCAAGAACCCAGGGCUCAGCCACAGCGCGUUGAAAAGCAUAUCAAAUUGGGGAGGCAAGACGCCCGAGAACUCGUGGUCACAUUUGAUGGGACCGUGGCAGACGACUCCCAAGGAUGGUCAGUCUCAUUUCUCCGGGAGUCGUGCUUGCUUUUCGGUCAUUCCGUGUUCGCACAGUCCUUUCUCGAUCAACAAAUGUCAUUUCAUCAUACAACACUUGGUGAAGGGACCAUCACUUCAGACAAACAUCCGCUUUUGCUCGAUGGGAUCGUGGGACGUCUGAUAGCAGAACAUGCCGGUCUCUACCUGAGCCGUCCUGAUUAUAAUAUCCUGCUGUAUCCUGGAAGCUGCGCCGAGUGGGAGUCCGCGAAGAUCGGCACCAUUACCUCCGCCACGGAGCGUCCCGUACUCAGAUAUGUGAUCUUUAGUUCGCAUUUUGAUUGUGGACCGUUUCUCAGAUCAUCGCCGAUCGCAGGUCAGCCAACAAAAGCCAUGGCCUCGGAGGGCGGUCGAAGAGAGUUGAUGAAAGACAUCUUUGGCCUGAAGGCUGACGACUUCAACCGCAUGGUCUCUCCGAGUAGCAGUGCUCCAGUGGAUGGCCCCCGCAUCUAUUUGGCAUUCUCCCCGUCUCAGAUCGAGCUUUUGAAGCAAGUUGGCUGGUGGUUUCGAGAGUGUGCCCCAACGAGUCACAUUCUGUCCACCAGCCAGAGUGGGAGCUGGACCGCAUUCGCGUUGAUGGCGACAGAACAGCAAGCCACUAUCAUUGUCCAUGCAGAGGUGCUCGGAGCUAUUCGCCGCUUUCCGAAUAUCGCCCAACUACUUCAGAGCCAAUUGCAGCACCAAAUAUGGUGCUUGAAUGAAUCGAUUGAAGACACGUCCCGGCCGAGUAUUGUUGGCCUGACCCAGUUGUUUCCUUGCGGGACCGCUGUAUUGGUCACACCGAGCUUCAUUGUUACCGAGCCUCGACGAGCCUACGAACUUUUUGACUGGUUCAUCCGCAGAAUCAGAAAUAAAGAGUCCGCUCCGUUCAAACUGGUAACGGCGUCAGGUAUCUCGGACUAUCUCGAAAGCCUGGCUUUUGAGAAGGCCUCGCGACGAGAAGAGCUCCUAAGGACUUUGGCGGCUAGAGCAGAAGCUGACAGGGAGAAUGCGGCAUACCAAGAGGGCCUCUCCGUGAAAGAGUGCGAGGCACGCCUCAAAACAUGGAGACUCGUGUCCGACAAAGUCAUGUGGCACGACGUCUCCCACCCGUUGGAUCGAUAUGGAGACGAUCAUUUCUUCGUCUAUGCCGACGAAUGUAUCGACCCAAAUGAUGAACAAAGUCUAGUCAACUGGUUUGGCUACUGGUCUAUGUCGAGGCUGGAUCAAUUUCGAAAUUUCCACGUUGUUGGCUCCAGCCAUAGCAUCAAAAAGGAGCGCCCGAAACGAGCCAGGCGCAUGGUUCCAAUACCCACUUACACCAAAGUGUCGACUUCCGAUCCAAACGAGUACUUGAAGCGACUCGAUGUGUUUUCCUCGCUGUCCCUCGAUGCCAUGGCCACCGACGAUGGACCGACGGCAAGCUCUCAGAUUCUUGGGGCACAUGGUCAAAACGAGUCGAGGAACAGUCUCCGGAGUGGCACAUUGCAUCAGAGCCAGCGAUUCCCCGGUGAAGACGUGAAGGACUUGCGUCAGUUUCUUUGGGGGCAAGUGUCUCUGUGCAAGAAACAGAUGCAACUCUACGCCGUUCCUAUUCUUUGGGCCGAUCCGCAAGAAGCCGCCAAUCAGCCUUACAAGGAUACAAACAAAAAAACGAUACAAGACUGGUUUGCCUUUGGCGAUCCAUUUAAUCGCCAGUACGACACCUACGUUGGGCUGUUUUACACCGUGGCGGAUGAGUGGAACCCGGACGAUGCAGCUCCUGGACAGCGGCCAACGAGAUGUCCUUGGCUAGGGAUCUGGCGUCCAGUCGGGGCGCAGAAGAAGAAUUCUUGCUCCGAAUUGUUCAUUUGGGAUGUCAAAGCGCCAUCAAAGGUUCCAAAGUCUGCCUCAGCGGUGCGGGAGGAAGACCUGAGCACUGCGCAGCGAAAAGUACUGGACUAUAUUCGUGCGCACGGUGAAGAGAAAAAGGGGCCAGCCGCCAAGCUGGACAAGGUCUGGCUGGGCGGAUAUGACGUUCCACAACGAUUUGCCAACGAUCUCGACACUACCAUUGACGUUUUACGGAACCACCUGAUCCCAAAUCUCUUCUCUUUCCUGCCGCCCUUGCCAGAGUUAAUCUUGAAGAAGGGAUUCAGGCGGGUCUUGCGGUCCUCGGAGGAAAUGCCAGUCGAGACAGGUGAUGCUGAGGCAGAGCAGCCAGCUGUGGAUUGCGAAGACAAGUCGUCAAAGAUUGUGUUUCACCCCCCGCAAGGCCAAAGUAAUGCUAGCAUUGCGCCUAGAAGUCGCAACCGGCUGCACACCCGUGUGCAAUACGUACGGGGCCGCGACCCGGCGGCUCAAACAUUUGCCUACGAAUACCUCCCGACGAUGGCCUGGUACGAGGAGCAAAAGGCGCAGGGAUGUGGGUUCGAGCAUAUCAACGUGAACGAAUGGGAGCAAGUCUUUGCGGCACUCGAAGUCAGAAAGAACUAG